AUGCAGAAACAAUCGGAUCAAUCCACGGAGAAGGAGAAGAAACAGCCCACUCCCCCUCCAGAUCAGUGGGCGGAGAUUCUUGGAAUACCUGGGGAGGAGGAUUCGAAAGAGUCCAAAUCAACAAAAACUUCAAAGAAUAAGCGAGACGCAUCGUCAGAAAAGUCCGAGGAGUCGAAAUCUACGACUCCAGAAAAGGAGGAGAAGGAGGUGCGCUCACCGAAACAGCUCAUAUCCUCCAAGAAAGAGUUUCCUACGCCCGAGAAAAAAUCCCCCAUCAAAUCUCCGCCGAAGAAGAGAAAAACAGAGUUCAAAUCGCCUGAACCAGAGGAGACCACCAAGAAAUCUAAGAAGACUGAGAAAGCCGCCAAGACGGAGAAGAACAAGCGUAAAAAGUCCGAAAAGGUUUAG